ACCCAGCUUAGCAGCCGUAGUCAGUCAGGAGUGCCGGCGCGGGGAAUUGUGGGAGAAGAUGGCAGCCGCUGCGCAAUCCCGGGUUGUCCGGGCUCUGCCAAUGUCACGUUCUGCCAUUACUGCAGUAGCCACAUCAGUGUGUCAUGGCCCACCCCAUCGCCAGCUUCAUCAUGCCAUCAUACCUCAUGGGAAAGGUGGACGUUCCUCAUUCAGUGGGGUCGUGGCCACUGUGUUUGGAGCAACAGGAUUCCUGGGCCGAUACGUUGUCAACCACCUUGGACGCAUGGGGUCGCAGGUGGUUAUACCUUAUCGGUGUGAUAAAUAUGACAUCAUGCACCUUCGUCCCAUGGGUGACCUGGGCCAGCUUCUGUUUAUGGAAUGGGACUCGAGAGAUAAAGAUUCUAUCAGACGAGCAGUGCAACACAGCAAUGUGGUCAUCAAUCUUAUUGGACGAGACUGGGAAACCAAAUACUUUGAUUUUGCGGAUGUUUAUGUGAAGAUUCCUCAAGCAAUUGCUCAAGUGUCCAAGGAAGCUGGAGUUGGAAAAUUCAUCCAUGUUUCACAUUUGAAUGCAGAUGUGAAAAGUUCCUCCAAAUAUUUGAGAAAUAAGGCUGUUGGAGAAACAGUAGUGAGAGAAGCAUUUCCGGAAGCUGUUAUCAUAAAGCCGUCAGACAUCUUUGGAAGAGAGGAUAGAUUCCUUAAUCAUUUUUCAAAUAUACGUCGCUUUAUUGGUAUACCCCUUGUUUCCUUGGGCUGGAAGACAGUUAAACAACCAGUAUAUGUCUCAGAUGUAUCCAAAGGAAUUAUUAAUGCAGUUAAGGAUCCUCAUGUCAGCGGGAAGACCUUUGCUUUCGUUGGGCCAAAUCGGUACCUCCUCUUUGACCUGGUGAAGUACGUCUACGCUGUGACUCACAGAUUAUUCCUCCCAUACCCCAUACCACGUUUUGCCUAUCGGUAAGUAGAAUGCUCCUUUUGUGCGACUUCUGAAAAAAGCUAACUCCACACACUUGUUCUUAAUGUUCUCCCUUAGGGUAUAGGGUGUGUGAAUGACUAGUCUCCAACUCUCCUAGUAUUAUGACAUUAGUGAGGAAGAAGCAGAACUAGAUUAGUGCCAGUAAGAAAAAUGUGUUGGGAGAUUAAAUCUGCAGUCCUUCACUUUCUCCAAUUUAAAACCAUUGAGUUUAAUUUUGGAGAAAUAACUUGCUUGGCAUAUACAUAAGAGGCAGUCAGGUUCCCCUGUGUUUCAUGUUGCUCAUUAUUAAAUCAACCUGAUCAUGCUACUGGGGAAAGGAGUCAGGCUAAUUCAGACUUGGAUUUGUGCUUGCCUUCUCUUCUUUCCUUGCUUCUUAGUUCACUUCUUCCCUUUGUGG